AUGGACGGAAGGAGGGCCAGAAGGUCGCCCGACGACGUUCUUGGGUUUCUAGGUGGGUCAGGGGGAAAUCAGAGAGAUUUCUGAGAUCGAAAUUUCAAAUUAUCACUGUGAAGAAGUGUUUGCAAAAAGAGUUUUUCAGAAAUUAUCUGUAGAAAUAUUGGCGUUUACCGAAAGUAAAUUACCAAAAAAGUUCCUAAAAUGAAUACCUGCUAACCUCCAGGAAGUGACAGCCGCUUUCUUCUGACCUGCAUCGUGGUGAGCGGGUUCGCCUGGACGCCAAUCGCUUUGACGGGACUUUGUCCGGCUUUCAUCGUCAAGCACGGGCACAACACGAGCUUCCUCGCCGUCGUCGAUGAGGUUAGCCUCGAAAAUGUCUUUUUUAAGCUAAGAGAAAAAACAAUGGAUCAUGCUUUUUUUUUUUCGUAUUACCAUGCUUUCAACUACAGUACUGGCCAUAAAUGUAUUUCAAAGUGGUUAUUCGAGCAUAACUUCUCUGAAAGUGGCUCAAAUGACUUGAAACUUUGCAAAAAUUUCAAAUAGCUAAGCAGUAACUUUUUCCCAGAAAAAAACUUGUUUGCUCAAGUCAGACCGGAUUUGAGAGCAAAAAACCAAAAAUCGUGAAAAUCAAGAUUUUUCUCUUGAGAUUCGAAAAAUCAUAUCUUCAAAGAAACUUCGUUUUCGAACCAGAAACUUUUUUCCCCAGUAAAAACAAGUCUUCGGCUUUCCAAAAAAACCUAACCAGCCCCUCACCAACCCGAUAGUAAGAGCGUAGUGACUUUUUUUCUUCGAAAGGCCCUUGCUUUUUGAAGCCUCCUCAUUCAAAUGGACUAUACGAGGUCAUUUUUUUGUUUGAGAACACCCUGUAUCAUGUUGAAAAAUUUUGAAACACCCUCAAAAAAAGUUUCACACUGAUUUCUUCAGCUUUCUCACUUUAUCUGCUCUCCAGAACUCACUAACUUCACUAGGACCGAUUUUGAAACCUCUGAUUUGAAGCGGUUAUGCUCCUUUUUCAAAAAUCAGAACAUUCUCGAUUUUUUUAUUUCAGAUUUCAGAGCUUCUUUAGAACCUUGAUGAAUAAAAAAAUAAAAAGACCCACUGUGUUUUUGCUUACUUAUUCGAAAGAUAUAGUGAGUUAUAAUGAGUUUCUUAAAGUUCUCAAAACUUCGUUUCAGCAAGUGUUGCUUAGAGGGCUCCAAAUCUUGUGGAAGAUGAUAAAAACCCCUUUUUUCAUAUUUUUAAAUGUUUUAGAUCAUGAGAUAAAUUUGUAACUCCUCUUUCUAGCUCUCAGUUCGAAGAUAAGCACUGUAAAAAGUUUCUUUAAAUUUUAUGGGAAAAUAAGUUUUUGAUCUUGUGAAACUAAUGCUUCAGCAAAAAAUUUAGCAGUCUUCAGGUGUAGGAGCCUGAAAUUUAGCCAAUUAUUAUUUUCAAAUUCACGAUUUAAAAGCGAUUGACCAGAUAAAAACUACUUUGAACGCCCGAAAGUCCAGAAAAACUGUUCAAAUCAGAGGUUUCAAAAUCGGUCCUAGUGAAGUUAGUGAGUUCUGGAGAGCAGAUAAAGUGAGAAAGCUGAAGAAAUCAGUGUGAACCUUUUUUUGAGGGUGUUUCAAAAUUUUUCAACAUGAUACAGGGUGUUCUCAAACAAAAAUGACCUCGUAUAGUCCAUUUGAAUGAGGAGGCUUCAAAACGCAAGGGCCUUUCGAAGAAAAAGUCACUACGCUCUUACUAUCGGGUUGGUGAGGGGCUGGUUAGGUUUUUUGGAAAGCCGAAGACUUGUUUUACUGGGGAAAAAAGUUUCUGGUUCGAAAACGAAGUUUCUUUGAAGAUAUGAUUUUUCGAAUCUCAAGAGAAAAAUCUUGAUUUUCACGAUUUUUGGUUUUUUGCUCCCAAAUCCGGUCUGACUUGAGCAAAUGAUUUUUUUUUUGGGAAAAAGUUACUGCGUAGCUAUUUGAAAUUUUUGCAAAGUUUCAAGUCAUUUGAGCCACUUUCAGAGAAGUUAUGCUCGAAUAACCACUUUGAAAUACUUUUAUGGCCAGUACUGUAGAUCAUCUACACGUUCGCCAAAGGCGAUUUCAAUAAAGUCUCAAACUUCUUGUUCAUCGCCUAGUCGAUUACGUUCCUCACAAUCUAAUGGAAAAAGAAUAAAUCAAAAAUGAUUGAUUUAAAAAAAAAUGCUGCAAAACUCGGCACGUUUUUCCAAAUUUUCACUGGUUACAUCGAUUUCUCGGCAAUCUUCCAGUUUAUAAAUAGUGCGAAAUAAAUAUUGAUACACGUUUGAAACGGCCUAACUCCUUAGAAAGUGUUCAAAACUACACAAAACUUUUUUUUCUCGUUGAGAAGACUAGUUUUUUUUUACGAAAAAGUCUUUCAUGUCUUCACACCUCGAAAGUUUGUGGUUACCUUUUUGGAGCGUAUACCUUCAAGUCAUGAAAAAAAUGAAGUUCAGAAAAAAAUAAUUCUUAGGAAUGGGUACAGUUUUUUUGAGUUUCAAAAUCAGCUCAUCAAAUUUUUGUAAAAAAACACUUUUUUUGAACUUUUUUUAUCACAAAAUUUUUCUCAAAUUUUAUUAAAAGGCCUAUUUUUUAGAAAAAAAGUAUAUUCUAAUGUGAACUUGAAUAAAAAAAUAUUCGGCCUAAAUUUCAAACGAAAAAAAACUCUCUUUUAGACGUUGAAAAUCCGAUUUUUUUGGUCCUUUUCCCACUUCAGAAUUCAACCCAGUUUAAAGAAUUUGAGUAUUUGAAACAAAAAAAGCUUGAAAUUAAAAAAAAAAUUUUGACCAUUUUAUAAAGCAUCCAAAGCUACCGGCAUUUCCAGCAUGGAAGGAAAAAGCUUUUUAAAAAAAUUAAGAGCUUGGUGAAUAAAAUAUUUUUUUUCCUGACACUACUUAUCCAAUCUCGUCCAUAUCCUCAUUAUUUUUGAUUUUUGAAUAAACCAUCCGUUUUCAAAAUGAGAUUCCUUAAGUUCAACCUCAAAAAUGAAAGCGCCUUCCUGGCCGACGGUACGACGACCGCUUUCAUGGUUGGGAACAUGAUCGGCGGGAUUUUCAUCACCCAGAUUGGGGAUAGGUACCGAAAAAAGUGUUAUUUUUCUUGGAGAACUCGGAUUCAGAUACGGGAGACAGCCAGUUUUUAUCGCAUGUCUCAUGAUGAUGGCCUUUUUCGGACUGUUAUCAGCCAUGGCUCAGGACGUCUACCUUCUCUGUAUUAUGAGAUUCAUUCACGGCAUUUUCUACACGGUAUGUUAGAACUGAAGAAAAUUCCAAAACCUAUAAAUACAAGGAAGGAGUCCUCAGAUUAUUCUUUGUCUUUGUUUACUUUGCGGUUGAAAAAUCACUAGAAAUUGCCCCCAGAACAGUUCUUGAUGGAGUAUAAAAAGAUCCUGGAAGUCUCAACCUAUGAAAGUUCCUUGUUUUCAAGAAAAAAGACUUCAAAGCCAAAGAAAACCCUCAGAAUCUCUUAAAAUAAGCUGUUUAGGGGCUUCAGUUCUCUCCGUUUCAUAAAAUGAACUUCAAAAAAGUUUCACUGCCAACCAAGAAAUCUUCGAAAAUCUCAGGCAGCAGGACUGGUCGGCUGGGUACUGGGCUAUGAGAAUACGCCGGUUUCCCUCCGAUUCUUCACCUCUGUAUACUUUGGCCUGACAUGGGUCUUCGGCACCUGUCUUCUGGCUCUAGUCGGCUACCUGACUCCCAAUUGGCGUUACCUGAUGGUCGUCAUUUCCCUGCCCAACUUCGUCACAGCCAUCGUCGCUUACAUGUGAGUUAUAAUCUCAAAGCAGAAGCUUAACUUUUUCAAAAAAAGACUCAGGUUCCAGCUUGUUGAAUAUAUUUUCAUUUCCAUACCCUGUUCACUCCAAAUUAGGUCUCAUAAAUCUAUCUCUCUGAACAAUACUUUUGAGCAACCCUGUAUUUCCAAACAAAUUUCCAGGCUGGUCCCAGAAAGUCUGCACUUCUUGGUGUCGUCCAACAAACGCCGCCGAGUCGCCAAAUGGCUGAUAAAAGCCCGGAAAUAUGACGGAGACGAGCUUCUUGGAGACUUGCGUGCCGAAGACGUCGUCGGAAAUGGGCCUAAGAAGGCUUCCAAGGGAUUCUGGGAGCUCAUCUGCGAGAUGUUCGAGCACAAGAAGUUCCUGGUCUACACCGCAGCCAUGGUCUAUCUGUGGAUCGUCGACACUUUCAUCUACUUUGGCUUGUCUUUCUACGCCAAGGACCUCGCAGGGAGCUUCUACUUGAACUUUGUGCUGAUGAGUCUGGUCGAAGCGCCAGCCUACGUCUUCGCUCCAAUCAUGAUGAAUCGGUUGGACCUUUUGAAGUUUCCAAGUUUUAAUGAAUCUAGCUUUCAAGUCACGGUCGCCGGUUACUCGUGUGCUUUUCGCACGUCAUCGCCGGAAUGUCAUUCUUAGGAAUCGUCUUCUUCGACGGUAAGUCUGACUGAAACUUUUGUUAAGGCUAUCUCUGAUUCAGAAGCGCUUCAUUUGCCGUUCUGGCUCAUCGGAAAAUUCUCCAUAUCCUGCUCAUUCAUGAGCAUUUAUGUUUACGCUAGUGAGGUGAGGUCCAAUAAAAGUUUAAAAAAUAAUAGAAGGUUCAGAUCUUCCCAACAGAUGCUCGGAAUAAGUGUAUCGGUUUCUGUGAAACUAUGUCGAGGAUUGGUGGCAUGUUAUCGCCUCAUUUGGGCUCACUGGUGAUUUUUUUGCGAGUCUGCUAGGACUUGUCAGUACGGUCCCCUGUAAUUCAGCUCGGUCUGAAUCUUUCAGAACAGUUUCUUAAACAAUCAAGAUCCUAAAACUCCAGAUGACCUUAUUGGAAAUUUAAAAAAAAACCCUUAAAACUAUCAAACUCAAUAUGCUCAAAAAACUUGAAUCAGCUAAUUUUCUACAAGCAUCUCCUCGCUCAAUUUAAUCGAUAUAUCCAUUUCGAGCCGUUUAUCCAUUCUAAGACAGUCCAAAAGAAGAAAUAAGCUAUCCUUUUCCAGGAAACUCCAAACCCAAUCUAAUUUUCUUACAGGCGCAAAUCACUCCAUCGCUACCGGCCAUAACUCUCAGCGGAAUUUCGGUUCUGGGAGGCGUUCUGACGUUUCUUUUGCCCGAGACGCUGAAUACCCAAUUACCGGCCACAAUCUCCGAAACUACCAGUCGUCGGCGUCCGCUCAACGACAUUGAAGAUUCGCCGUUUUAG